AUGUCUUUUCUGAGCAAGUCGCUGGUCUGGCUUGCUUGGUUAGUCUUCAAUGCCAAAGUUGGUUCGUACAAGCUUUCGAGCACCCCUCUCACCGAAGGGGACAAGAAAGUGAGCGACCUUCUUGCCAAGACCGUGGUCGGUGAAAUGAAGGACUUCGACGACAUGCCCGAUCCGAAGGGGAAGGGCGAGAAGGGCGAGGGCACAGAUAGCACGGGUGAGCUGGGCAAGAGCUUGGAGUUCUUGAUGCUCAAGGUCGCCCAGCUUGAGACCCUUGCGGAGCUGCAGCAGACGGAGCUCGGGAUGCAGCGUGCUCUGAUCGAGAAGCUCCUAAAGAAGGUUGACCCGGAAGAAACCGAGGUCUCAAUGGCGCGAAAGCAGAGUUCCGAGGAGAGCGUGCAGGAAGCUCAUGACGUCUUGAAGAAGGUGGUCCAGAAGCACGCUCAUCAGCGGGCUCACAGGGAGUACCAUCCGGAGGCCUACAAGCAGAAUAAGCAGAACAAGCAGAAUAAGCCGGAGCAGAAGCCGAAGGCAGAAGAGGAGGAGCUGGAGGAAGAGGAUUUCGAGGAGCUCGAGGAUGGACCUGCUGAGAGCACUCAAAGCACUGAGAGCCCUGGACAGCAGAGGGCAUUGCUCCAAAAGCGCGAGAGCUUGAUUCCAGGCAUUCCAACUCCUGGCCUGCGUCGUCGAAUCGAGCACAAGAUCGAGAGGGGGGUCAAGUACGUCCACAGCGGAGUCGAGAGCGCCGUCAAAGCGGUGGACGGCACGGGGCUCACGGGCGGCGCCCUGACCGAGGCGUACAACGCUGCCAAAACAGCAGGAAAAGGCAUAGAGUUUGUGGCGAACACCGCAAUCGCCACUGUGGAGAUGGCCGUGUCGAUCCUGACGGGAGGCUUUAGCGACUGGAGCGCGAGUUGCACCAACAAUCUUCCAAGUGUUGGCAUGAACGGGGGCGAGCUCUACGUCAACUUCGGGCACAACUCCUGCUCUAUUUCCCUCAUGGGUCAAAGAGUCACGCUUUUCGACUGGAACUGGGGAAGGAGAGCAGUAAGUCUUAACAAGAUCAUCGAGCAGAUCCCUCCUCUGAGCUACCUGACCCGCAUGACCGACAUCAUCACCGAGGUCAUCGAGGUCUUUGCCAAGGUAGCUGGGACGGUUGUGCAGAAGGCGAUGGAGAAAAGCACCUCCCUGGUGCAAACCGCUGCCACAGCGAAAUUUCCUGCUGUCGGAGAGCCGCCUGUGCUGCACCACAAGGGCACGAACCUUGUCAUCGAGUCACACACGCGGCACGGGCCUCCUCGAGAGAUGGCUGCCAUGCAAACAGAUGCCCGACAUUCAGAGGCUGGCGACGACGUUGACGGGGCCAUCACUUACGACAUGGGCAGCAGCAACGAUGUCCGCGCCACAAAGCUCAUCACCCAGUUCAACGGCAGGGAGACGGACACCAGCUCUUGCUUGGCUUUUGCCCCAAAGAACCGGAGGGGCGGCGGUGUGAGCCAAGCCGAUUGGCAGGUUGGCAACCAGAACGAUUUCCUCCAGCUCGAGCCUUGGGCCGUGCCCUGCGACAACACGUGGAUGAAAGACAACUGGGACAAAUGGCAAGGCUACACGUUCUACUCUCAACCGAAGCCCGUCGAGAAAUGCGUGACUGUGACCUUCAGUCUGGGAAUGCAGCCUGUCGUGGCCUUUGUCGGGGGCUUGCAAUUUGAGGUCUUGCCGAAACCCCUCUUCGAGCUGGCCACGACCGUCUGCUGGCCGAACCAGCAACCGGGGGGUGUUGACUUGAGCGUGUUGCGAUCUGAGGUGAAGUCCGCGGGCAUCCUGCUUUUCAGCCGCACCUUGCGCCUCACCAAGCGGUUCGGCGGGGGCACGGACUUCGUCUCUUCGAACUACAAGGGUGGCUAUUCGACCUGGCGGAGCGAUGUCGGCAUCGCCCACGGGGAGACCACGGUGCCGAAGGACCAGCUCAGGCGCACGUCCUUCUUGGAGACGAGGCAGAGCCACGAAAAAGAGGAGGGAGAGGCCGAGAAAAGAGGGGAAGAGACCGAGGCCGAGGCCGAGGCCGAGACCCAGUGGAGGACGGACUCGGAGGACCUGUACCUGGCAUCUGUCGACUACGGCGUGGACCUGAACAGCUCUGUCAACAAGACCUUCGAGGCUCAUGGCGAGGAGGCCGCCAUGCACAUGGGCGCCGAGAAGGUGGGGAAGGACGUCUUCAAGCUUUUCAGCUUCAAGAACCCGGGAUUGGUGAACUUCAAGGUCGAAGGUUUGAUGGCCGGCAACAUCCUGGAGUUAGGCGUGGAGAUGGGAUUCGGCCCAUACAGCAGUCCUUCCAGGAGCAUUCCCUUGGUGAACAUCGCCCACCAGUUCUCCGUCAUUCUCGCAGGACAUGGGCAAAUGCCGGGCUCCAAAAUCGCGUUGUACAGCCCGCAUUGCCGGCGGUUCAUGCUCAUGAACAACGGUGGCCUUGGGGUCACGCCUGAGAUGAACGGCCACGGCAUCCCCGAUCACUGGGGGUGGGAGCGCUUCACUGUUGUGGACGCCGGGAAUGGGGAGAUCGCGUUGCACAGUCCCAUUCACAACCGCUUCGUGGGCACAGGCGGCGUCAGCCCACAUCGGAAUGCACAUGAAUUGCCCCACGACUGGAGUUCUGAGCGCUUUACGGUGGUGGAGGUCGGAAACGGGGAGACGGCAUUCUACAACAGGCACCAUAACAGGUUCCUGAACAUGGCGGCCCACCAUGUGGGACACAGCGGCCAUCCCCCGCACCCUCCAAAGCUCCCAUCCGGCUGGGGCUGGGAGCGCUUCCGCGUCGUGCCGGCGGAGCGGAUCUUGGUUCCAGGCUCCACCAUCGCCUUGCACAGCCAGAUCCACAACCGCUUCGCGAAGAUGCACGGGGGAAACAUGGAGAGGAGUGCGGAAAAGGCGGCCACGGAAUUUCCCGAUGGGUGGACCUGGGAGCGCUUCACCGUGGUGGAUGCUGGACAUGGACAGAUCGCCUUGCACAAUGCCGUCCACAAUCGCUUCGUCGGGGUGGGUGCGGCAAGCCCUCACAGGCUGGUGGAUCAACUUCCUGGGGACUGGGCUUCCGAGAGGUGGGACGUGUGGCCAGCCGGCAACGGCCAAAUCGUCCUGCACAACAGACACCACAACCGGAUGCUUCGCAUGUCAGGCCACACGAUGGAUGCAAGUGGCCACAUGGAUCCGAAGCAUUUGCCAGACGGAUGGGGUUGGGAGCGUUUCGAAGUGGUUCAUGUGAAGCCAUAUCUUCAGCCGGGCACUACGGUGGCCCUCCGUUGUCCACAUCACGGACGCUACGUUCUGAUGUAUCCAGGUGCUCCACAGUCCUUUCUGCUGGAGAAGGAGAACCACACUCAGAACUUGACUCAAAACGACACAUUCCUUCCAUCUUUCGGAGGAUUCAACUUCAGAAUCCCAGGAGCCGGGGGCUUCGGAGGAUCGCUGCCAUCUUCAUCCGACCCCUUUGGAGCAGUACGCCGGGCUGCCGAGGAAGCGGCUCGGCGGGCGCAAGAGGAAGCUGCCCGUCAGGCCGCGCUCAGGGGAACCAUCGGCCGCAGCGCGCCCCAGGAUGCCCACAGCUUCCCAGACAGUUGGACCUACGAGCGCUUCACGGUCAUUGAUGCUGGGAAUGGGCAAGUGGCCUUCCACAACAGCGUCCACAACCGAUACCUGAAGAUGGCUGGUGACCGAAUGCUCGUCAGCUCCCCCAUGGCUGCUGAUGCUUACCCCUCUGGGUGGACUUGGGAACGCUUCACAGUGCUACCUGCUGGGGGAGGCACGUUCAUGCUCCACAACUCCGCGCACAACCGCAUGAUCAGGAUGACAACUGAUAAGGUGGAUGCCAGCAGCCACAUGAACCCGCAGGACAUGCCGGCUGGUUGGGCAUGGGAGCGUUUCCAGAUUGUGAGUGUCAAGCCCUACUUGCAACCCGGCACGGUGGUGGCCCUGCACAAUGCUCAUCACAACCGCUACGUCACCAUGAACGGGGCUGCGCUCCAGCGCAGCGCGGUGAGGAACCUCAACGACUUGCCUUCCAACUGGGCCUGGGAGCGCUUCACCGUGGUGGACGCUGGCAAUGGCCAGGUCGCCUUCCACAACGCAGCUCACAACCGCUUCCUGCAGAUGAGGGGUGCAACGAUGGGUUGCUCGAACCCCCACGCGGCGUCCGAUCUGGGGAGCGGGUGGACCUGGGAGCGCUUCACGGUCGUGCCUACAGAUAACGGCCAGGUUGUGUUCCACAACACGAUUCACAAUCGCAUGAUCCGGAUGACCGACAGCACCAUGGACGGCAGCAGCCACAAGUCACCGCAGGACCUGCCACAUAACUGGAGCUGGGAGCGCUUUCGCAUCGUGCCCAUUACCGAGAGCCGUGAGACAGCCGACAGCAUCCGUGCAACCUUUGACUGA